CACCUGAAGGCGGAAGCGCUUCCACAGUGGAUGAACUGCUUAAUGGAGAAGGCACAGUGGAUGGUUGGUGGCGAGCUGAAAUGCCCCUCCUGUGGGGCCUGCUUUGGGAGCUAUGACUUAGGCGGUGCCAGAGAGGGUUCCUGGGGGCAGCUUGUAGCCGCGCGUCAGUGCGAGGAUUGGCCCGACCACCCCCCUUCGCCGGCGGUUCGACCCCUGGGGCGGCCAGCGUCAACCGCGUCCCCCUACGAAGCCGGGGCUGGCCUGAGGUGGGAUAGGAUGCUCACGGGGCCUGGGGUGGCCCCGAGGCUCCGGGCCAUGGCCGACAGUGACGACGUUCCCGGGAGGCUGAUGGAGGCUCUGUGUCUGGAGGCGCCAUCCCCGUGCCGCUGGCAGUGGACUAGAAAGUGGCAGCGGUGGAAAGGCUCUCGGCCAAAAUGCGGCCUCCCUGCUUCCCUGGGAGCUGCCGAGAGAUGCCCCGGCAGAGCUUUUCACAGGAAGUCCUGGAGCUGGGACCUGGACGGUGGAACGAGGUGGCUUUUAUUGCCCGCCCCCUCAGAGACCUGCGGGGCUUUCUGCCUGCAACCGGAUCACCUUCGGCAGUGGGGAGCCCAGCCUUCAGAGCCUCCUUGUGGCUUACAACUGAGCCCCGGUGGCAACGGUCACUGUUCCUUGUGGGGAUCAUCCAAGGUGGACAGCAGCGUGCCGCUGGAAAGGCUUUCGGGGGCUCUCUGCGGACCCCAAACUCCCAGAGCGGGAGAACUUGAGUGGAGCUUUGAUGCUGCCGGGCGGCAUCCAGACGACGGCCCAGUGGGGGAACUGCCCUUUCUGAUAGACGUCCCGUCCGCCGGUGGGGCCGGGGGCUCCCGGCAGGAGGAAGUCAUCCCGACCGGUGUCCCGCGGUCAGACGGGUGUCCCCUGGGGACCAUGAGCCAGAGGCUGAGUAAAAGAGAUAAGAACAAGUGGAAGAGUCUGAGUCGGAAGCGGCAGCGACGGGAGAGGUGGCUUGAGAAGCAGACAUCGAAUGAGGACACGAGCCUGGACGAAGACCACGAGUGCGCGGAGGAAAAAGAGAGCUACAUGUGUGCGGUCUGCCUGGACGUCUACUUCAACCCCUACAUGUGCUCUCCGUGCCAGCACAUCUUCUGCGAGCCCUGCCUCCGCACCCUGGCCAAGGACAACGCCGCCAGCACGCCCUGCCCUCUGUGCCGCACCAUCAUCAGCAGGGUCUUUUUCCAGACAGAUCUGAACAAUGCAACCAAAGCGGUUUUCCCAGAGGAGUAUUCAAAGAUCAAGCAGAGCUUUCAGAAGUCAAACUUAGCAAAAUGGCCACUCCCCAGCUGCCGAAAGACGUUUCAUCUGUUUGGAGGAUUCCCCGGGCGGGCAGACCCGGUCACGAGGAGGCAGUUCCCGCACGGGGCCCACCGGAUGGACUACUUGCACUUUGAGGAGGAUGGCCGGGGCUGGAGGCUUGACAUGGACAUGGUCAUCAUCUACAUCUACUCUGUGAACUGGGCCCUCGGGUUCGUGGUCUUCUGUUUGCUCUGCUACUUUUUCUUUCCCUUCUAGGAUCCUGCCCACCCCCGGGCAUUUAGGAGCAGCCAGCUAGAGCCAAGGGGAUGGAGGAGUGAGCCGUGGCUCAAUGAGAGCCUUUUUGCCAAUGGGACUGGGGUUUUUGUAGAGCAGUGAGCAACGUGUGUCGUGGUUUACCAGGAGGGAGGAAAGAGAGAGAGCGCGAGUGCCCGCCAUUUUCAUGAGGGUGGUUCAUUUCUGAAGUAUUUAGAGCCCUGUUUGGACCCUUACCUGGUACUAUUAAGUGUGUUUCUUUGCCAGGUCUGCUCUUCUUUGGAAUAGAUGUUUUUUCUCAAGUUUUAAGUGGCUCGGGCCACAGCAAAGCAGUGUCUUGUGAUGAUGACAUUGGUGGCCAGGUUUGGCUCGGCUGUCUCCCCGCAGUGAAAGUGGCCCAAACCACUGGCUGCCUCUGGCCAGGAGCAGGGACAAACUCAUCCCUUGGUUCCCUCCAGGCACCAGGAGGGAAAAUGGAUCCCGGAGGCUCAAGGGAGCCAAGGCAUUGGGCAUCAGGAAUUCCUCGAAUUGGGCAGGAUCAGUCCAGCCGGAUUUUCCAGCAUCGUGUAGCCCGAGCCCUUUCCUGACACCACCGCCCACGCUUUGUUUUAUGCAUCAUCUUCUCCCACAGGGUAAAAGGAUGCCUCUUGGUUCAAAACAUUCAUCCUCUCUGUGUCACAGGAAGCGGGGAGGGUUUUGAGGCAGGAACAAUCCCAAUUUCCAGACGCGGAAACCAAAUGCCAGAAGAGUUAGGGGCCCGGCCCAGAGUCCCUCUGCAGGCCUGACCAGAGCUCCGGACCAGAACCAGGGCUCCUGAUGGCAAGACUCCCAGCCACCACUUCUUUCCCAGCCCAUAAGGCAGGCACCGUGGCCUGGGAAGGACUCAAGCUGCUCUGCGGAUGGCCAGGCAGGGCCUAGACCCUCCAUUCUCCCUCUCCAAAUCACUCAAUUUCACACAAGGCUUCUGAGCAGUUUUGGUUCGUUUGCGAGGGGGCCAACAGACAAGGAUUGAAGGCCCUUAAGAAGUGGAGGUUGGCCCAGCCCAAAGUAACUACACCCCUGGCCAGCCAUAGCCCAGAUUUGGGUCCGCAACGCCAUGCAGAACUCUUCCCCUAAAGGGAGGAAGCCAGGACACCGCCCUUGCAUGCUUCUUUUUAAUAUUCCUGGGUUUUUUUUCUUGCUUCUGAAGUAACCAUAUUGUUUUGUGGUAAAAUCUGAGAAAAUAGUGGUGAAGCAGUGUCCAGCGGAACAUUGAAGAGCUUGAAAAGAAAA